GGCGAUCUCAAGGUGGGGUUGUAGCCGACGUGGCGACACGCACAUGAGACACGUACUUAGGUCGCUACGUAUUGCACUGUCACGCAUCCGGCCUAACAGGACAGCAACCAUUGGUCGUCCCGCCCUGCCUGUCUCUAUGGCCUGUCUGUCUCACGUGUGUGGGGAUGGAUGGAUGUGGAUGGCAUCGAGUACGGCCCACAAACGCACAGCACAGAGCCCAAGACACAACACACACUGAAAAAGAAACCCGCCACUCACCAGCCAUGCAGCCAAAUCCCCCCAGUCACUAACCGCCUUCUUCCCUGCCUUGCCAUCCAACACCUCAUGGCAUGGCAACACCCCAGGAAAAUAGACCCACGGAAAAAGAGCAGCCCGUCUGUUCUCCAUUCUCUAUUCCUCACCCAUUGCACUAUGCCGUCCUGGCUCACAUGUAAGUGUCGGAUGCAACCACGGCAUCGAUCUAUGGCUUAUACACAGACGGUAGCCCAACACACAGGGUACAGCGACAAAGAGACUCAUAGCUCGCCAGCCUUGCAGGCAAAACUGCUGUGGACGACACGAAAUGGAGCAACCCGAAAAACCAGCCACUUCUACCUGUUAUUCGUACCGUGAAAGCCCUUUUACCGCCAUGCCCCCAUCCCCUCCUUACCCUCAUGCCCCCAAAGCCGCCUUCAGGAUUAGCUCUUGCUCCAGCCAGUAAUUGAUGUCUCCAUGGUGCGCUCCGUCUGCUCCCUCCACUCGCUUGCCAUAAGCCGCUGCGUGCAAAGGGGGCGGUGCAUCCUCGGUGUGGGUCUCGAUGUCCAUCUGGAGAAUGUCGAUGAGGCCAUAUUGCAUCCAGGUAUACCGGUACCAUGAAGGAUUUUCCAAUGCCGUCUCGAGCAGCUGUGUCACCUUCUCUCUGGUGUUCGGAGCGGCGUGGCUGCCGUGAAGGGAUGGCUUUUUGAGCAGCUGUGUCUCCAGUACUGCCGCCCUCUCCCGGUGAUAGAUAGGGAGCCAGUGCCGAUGGUGGACUCCUGGUCUUGUGAGCGUGAAUGCUGCCGAGUCGUAAGUCGGGACGCCCGCCGCGCAGGCCUGCUUCAGCAUCUUUACCCACUUGUUUUGCUCCAGGGCGGACGAGCAUUGUAACACCAUCUUGUGGCCUUCUGCGCGACUAUAUAUUUGGUGGAGACUGCAAGACAACACGACAGCAGAAGAGAGAAACCAAAUUUCAAAUCAGCCCCACCAUUUGUCGUGUCAAGAUGUCUUUGUCUGCCCUUACACAUCCGAUUCGACAGUGGAUAGAUCAACGCGUCCCUCUGCUGUGUCUUCCGUGAGGCGAUACUUGCGGCGGUCGUCCUUACAAGGCCGAAAGACCAGGAUGGCAUGGGAAAGGUUCCGAUAGAAAGGCCGCUCGAUCACGCACAGCUUCCUGGUGAGCUGGCACAUACACAGUGUCAUACACACAGACAAACACACACAAACAGAAUCACAGACGCACAAAGCAGAUGCCACCUGACCCUGUACCUGCACGCUCUUCCAUUUCGUAGGUCUAUUGGGGUUGCACCAGCCGAGGACGUCACGGUCUGCACGAAGAAGAGAAACACACCAGUGUACACAGACCUGACGCAGCCCUGCGAUGCAGAGGGCUCACGAAGGAUGGCGUGGAGCGGCUCCUUGACUCCGAAUGCCCGGGCGAAGGCGCAUGUCGAAGGGGUCGUGAAGAUCCCGUAUUCGGUGGACCAGGGGGGCGGCAGGUCUGGGUCCUCUUGGAAGGGGAGGGGGUGUUCGUCGUGGUGGACGGGUGGGAUCUCAUGGAUGGCUUCCUCCUCGUCGGUGGAGAGAGGGGGCGAGGGGCGGUGGGGCUCAUCCAGAUCCAGGUGGGUCCGGUGCGAGGCCGACACCAAAGGGUUGACGUGAGUCAUUCUGACGAUGAUUCACGGACGGGUGAGCCGUGAACGGGAUGAAAGCACUCGAAG